AUGCCCAUCAGACCAUUCAGUCUUCCGCCCAACCCAUCGCUGGUCGCCGUAAUACUCAUUAUCCGAACCCGAUCUGGUCCGCGACUGGUCUUUCACUAUCCCGGUGUUCCUGAGGCUAUCCAGCGCAACACAUCAUGGCACUUUGGAUCUGCCAACAGCGAUUCGGAGGAUGGAGGUAGCUCGUCUGAUGACGAUCAGACUGUAGGUUCUGAUGACACAAGCACCACAUCCUCGCGGCAGACUGCAAGACCUAGCAUCGCAUCGCAGAGUCGCGCUGCCGAAACCAUCUCCUCGAGAAGGACUACUCGCACAUUGCACUCGGAUGUUCCAGACAACGAUGAAGACGACGAUGAUGUUGACUUGGACGUUGAAGUGCUGGACUUGAAUUCUUCUCCUGCCGAUAAACCUGCACCAGCGACCACGACCAACAAUGCACCUCACGACCGAACGACCAGCGCCACGCGACACGAGAACACCACGACUGAUAAGCGUAAUACACCUGAAUGGGAAAAGCUAUUGGGAUACCCAGUUGAAGGGCUGGAGAUGAUGCUGUCGCCUCCGUCAAGCAUGCACAAGAAGCGUUUCGAGGUCAUGCUGGACGACCUGGUCUUUCUAGGAUAUCCUAUCUUUGUGCGUGACGAUGGUACCUGGAAGAAGAAGAAGACCAAGAGGAGGGCUACAACACAUGACGGAAAGAGCAGCCAGGGGGCCAAUGAAGCCGAUGAUGACGAGGCAAACGACAGUGGCAGUGACAACGAAAAUGAUGACGAGGAUGAAGGUACGGCAGGAAACGACAUGUUCAGUCCACCACUAUCGCCUCUGACACCUCGCCGGCCACCUGGGGAUGGAGAACUGCCUCGCAGCUACAAAUCAGAGGCCACAAUGUCCGAAGCUGCCUCAGAAACUGGCAGUGCUAACAGUAACCAGGAUGAGAUGACCAUGUUCCACGUUGUCUUCGUCAUGAAUCCUCCUGCGCUGGAAUACCACAUCCGUCUUCAGGAAAUGUACGACAAUGUUGUCAAGAAGACCGCCAAAGCUCUCCGCUACGAACAAGCACGUUCAAAUGCCGUCUACCAAGAUGCCAAAAAGAUGCAGUCUCUCAAGGCACAAGCAAAGGAAAACAAGACACCAAUGUCGGUCUUGUGGCCGAACUUGAUCUCUAGCUGCUCGCUGGCAAAAGCAAUUGCUAUCCUAUAUACCAGUAUCGCGAGCAACAAGAUUGCGCAUAUCAGUAUUGGUAAAGGCUUUGAGGCAAGUAUCCAAAUCCCACAAGCUAUCUCGACGCCAUAUGUUCCUACGCCUACAGAGCCUCAACUACCUGGUCUGUGGCUCACCACCGCCAACAGUCUAUCCGACGACGGUCAAAGUCUCAGUCCACAUGCAGCUCUCCUUCUGCUCGAGGACAAAGAUGUCAUGCUCAAAGAUAUCGAGGGCGAUGGCAAGGAAUUGGGUUCUCCGCUCGCUUUCUUCAUCCGCGAACUCACACCUACAAAAUCGUUGACCAAGCUCUCUGCUGCGUUGUCAUUACCACUUUCCGAUGUACAGUUUCUCGCCCGCCAUCUUAUCUACUGGCGCCGUGCUAGAGCAAUCCCGCCUCUGCAUAUUCGCGAUACCUAUAUCGUGUCGCCCAACUGCGACAUGCGCCAACUCACAAAAGCCAUGCCGCUAUAUGCUCAAAGGUUCUCUGCCCUCCCAUCAUUACCAAAGAUGCUCCAGAACCUGAGUGGGAAGCCUAUACAAUAUGGCUUUUUGAUUCCUAGCAAGGACCACAAGCCUGCUUACAUGGACAUUCUGGCUUGGCUGCUGAGAGGAGGCUGGGUGACCCAACUUCGGACCUUUGCUUGGGUCAAAGUGUCGCCUGCAGUCAAAGCUGCUGUAGCCAUCAAAUUGCGACAAGAGUUUGAAGACAAAAUGGCAAAGCGACCGCCUUCUGCCCUCAACAAGACCUCGGCUGCUGCGAACUCGAGGGUAAGCAGCACCAGUGCAGAAUCCAGACGAGUGUCUGAAGAUCCUUUCGACGCCAUCUCCGAGGUCGCGAGUAGCAGGUUGAGUAUCUCGAGCUCUGCACAACUACUAUCGCCUACUUUGAGUAGAUCGGCAAGUGAUGCAGGCACGCGCAGACACGUCACCAAAUCUGCACGCAACUAG